AUGUCGUCUCUUUCACCCGUACACCUCACGGGUAUCUCAAACAACGCCUCACAAAAUAUCGAAACUCAAAACUGUGUUCCUUCUCAGCAAGAAUUCAAUGAAACUUCUCCUGGUCUUGUCUCCAAACGUACCCGGGCAUUUACCCCGGAUGAAGAAAGCCAGGAUAGUGACUCUGAACAUCCUUCUACCAGGCAAACUAAAGAAAAAAACAAGCGAAGAAUUUCCUUCGCUACGGAAUCCGGCACCCCAUCCGGUCAUGAUGAAUGGCUUUCUCUCCCACAUCAAAAUCUAGAUGCAUCUCGACAUGCCCCUUAUUAUUCCCCAACCCCUUUUCCACCUGCCAUGUAUGGCAAUUUUCCACCUUAUCCCCAUUACUCUCCCUUUCACAUGUAUAAUUAUGGUAAUGGAAACUACAACAACUCACCUAAUCCAGAAUCCAACAACGUGGUUGAUCGCCAUCACAUUAGGAGAUCCCAAUCUAAUCAGGAAAUCUCUUCGGAUAACUCCAA